AUGACCACAAUCGCAGCCCGACGACGGCUCCCGCUGUUGCAGCAGCUGUCGUUACCACAGAAGCCAGCACCUAUACUCCAACGUUUCUUUCGCGCAGACCACGGCUCUGGUACACGACUCUUCUCGACCCAACCCCAGCGCAGCUCACCCGACGACAAAUGGGGCAAGAAGAAACCGUCACGGAGAGAGGAGCCAAAGGCAAAGCCGCCUUCGCUUUUCGAGGAGCUAUUCCCGAAUGAUGACGUUUACUCUCACCCGAGUCGUCGCGCCAACGAACAGGAUGAUGGAGAAGGCAGAGGCAAGGUCAAGGUCCGGUUCCUGACCUCCACCGACCCGGAAAAAUCCGAGGCGACAGAGUACAGAUUGAGGCAACUGGAGCGCAAGAACAAACUCAGCAAGACAGGAGGCGAGGCGGCCGGCAAGAUCGCAGACUUCUUUGAGUCGAGUGCACGUGAAAAGGAGAAAAGGGACAAGGCCGCCGGCGGAGAGAGCUCCUCCAUCUUCAACGAGCUCUUCUCAACCCCGGAAUCAGGAGGAGCAGAGUCGGCGGUGGGUGCAGUGCUGGGCAAAGGAGGCGUCGAGGCCUUGUUGAGGAACUCUCAAGCCGGUCAAAACCUAUCCGAAGAGAGAUCCGUAGAUCACAAUGACCUCCAGUCCUGGAUCGACUCCUUCCCGAAAGACGACGCCGUCAACACCGCCUCCUCGGAAGCAGCAUCCCCAGAGGAGGCGGCGGCGGCCAAGGCCGAGCGCUCCGCCAUGCUCAUUCUCUCCAACGCCAGCCCGAAUCUCAUGGAGACCGACUUUUACCGUAUCGGACCCCAGGGCCAGCACCUCGACGGCUGGAGCGCCUCCAUCACCAAGGUAAUGCAAGCCUACGACUACAGCACCCUAGCACCCAUGGACCGCUACUUCAUCCUCUUUGACUCCCACGCCGCGGCAGCAGCAUACCAGCGCGAAGCACAACGCCUCCACGCCCUCGCCGGCCGCGCCCUCACGUCCCCCGCCGCCGGCCUGACGUCCGCAGAAACCUCCUCCACAUCCUCCCAAACAUCAGUCUUUAGCCUCGCGCCCCCCUCCAAGACGCCCCUCAACCUCCACCUCUACAAACUCAACCGCGCCACCGAGGCCCGCCUCGAGACUUUCAGCAUCCAAGGGCUCCUCAGCAUGACCCCCGAACCGCCCCCGCGUGCAAACGCACACGUCGUCCUCUCCCUCGAGGGCGGCACCCUCGACCAGCGCGGCCUCUCCCAUUGGAUCCGCCGCGACGCCCGCGACCGCAACCUGGGCUGGCCGGUGCAGCACCUGCGUCCGUACUUUGCGCCCAAGGUGCACCAAAGAACGGCGACGAAGGCGGGAAAGCCUACGGAGACAGAGGAGGGCCUCGUCUACGACGAAGAUGAUGCGGCUCCGGCGGUGACGGAGGCCGACUCCGGACGCAGAAGCACCCCCGACGCGCUGGACGAGACGGCCCCGUCCGGUCGGUUUGUGGUGUCGUUCCCGGACGUACACGAAGCGAGGCGUUUUGUUCGCGCGUGGCACAAAAAGGAGCUUAUCCUGACAAAUGAUCAGAGCGUUAUUGUAAACACGCAUGUAGUGUGGUAA